GUUUAAACGACAGGUUUUGGCAUCUACUUAACCGGUGUUGGAUAGGAGAGCUUAAACGUGUGAAGGGGUCUCGUGGUUUGUGCUUCGAAGCUCUUGUGUUUUGUGGCCAUGGCUGCUCGGAGAGGAAUCUGUUCUUUACUAUCUCGUUCUCUGUUAUCAUCUUCUUGUUCUUCUGGUUAUGGGUUUGGUUCUUUUCUUCAAUCUCGUGGGAGAGUUUCAAGGUUGCAUGGAAGAGGGAGAAGAUUCAGCUCAUCUGCUGUGGCGGAGGAGGAACUUGUUACUCCUCCUGUUCAGAUAAGUUACACUCAGAAUCUGAUUAAUGGGCAGUUUGUGGAUGCUGCAUCAGGGAAAACGUUUCCGACCUACGAUCCUCGCACCGGGGAAGUGAUUGCUCAUGUUGCCGAGGGCGAGGCGGAAGAUAUCAACCGGGCGGUAUCGGCAGCUCGCAAGGCUUUCGAUGAGGGCAAAUGGCCGAAGAUGACUGCUUAUGAACGAUCGAGGAUAUUACUGCGGUUUGCUGAUUUGGUUGAGAAACAUAGCACGGAGCUUGCAGCAUUGGAGACAUGGAACAAUGGCAAACCUUAUGAACAAUCGGCUCGGACCGAAAUACCUAUAUUCGUGCGCUUAUUUCACUAUUACGCCGGGUGGGCGGACAAAAUCCAUGGCUUGACCGUUCCAGCUGAUGGGAAAUAUCAUGUGCAAGUAUUACAUGAACCAAUUGGAGUUGCAGGACAGAUAAUUCCAUGGAACUUUCCUCUCCUUAUGUUUGCUUGGAAAGUUGGUCCUGCUCUAGCCUGUGGCAACACCCUUGUCCUAAAAACUGCAGAGCAAACGCCUCUGACCGCUCUUUAUGUCGCAAAGUUAUUCCACGAGGCUGGUCUUCCUCCAGGAGUUCUGAAUGUCGUUUCGGGCUAUGGUCCAACAGCGGGUGCUGCCCUUGCUAGCCACAUGGAUGUGGACAAGGUAGCCUUUACAGGAUCGACGAACACGGGAAAAGUUGUGCUCGAAUUGGCAGCUAAAAGCAAUUUGAAACCGAUAACGCUCGAACUUGGAGGGAAAUCGCCUUUCAUCGUUUGUGAGGAUGCAGAUGUCGAUAAGGCCGUGGAGCUUGCUCAUUUUGCUCUUUUUUUCAAUCAGGGGCAAUGUUGCUGUGCUGGAUCUCGUACUUUUGUGCAUGAACGUAUAUACGAUGAGUUUGUCGAGAAGUCGAGGGCACGUGCCCAAAGACGUGUGGUUGGUGAUCCUUUCAAGAAGGGUGUUGAACAAGGUCCUCAGAUCGACUCGGAGCAGUUUGCAAAAGUCCUAAGAUACAUAAAAUCUGGCAUUGAAAGUGAUGCUACUUUGGAAUGUGGGGGUGACAGACUUGGGUCCAAGGGAUACUUCGUCCAGCCGACAGUUUUCUCAAAUGUUAAGGACGAUAUGUUGAUAGCAAAGGACGAAAUCUUUGGCCCAGUACAAUCCAUCUUGAAAUUCAAGGACAUUGAUGAAGUUAUUCAAAGGGCAAAUGCAACUCGUUACGGUCUAGCUGCUGGAGUUUUCACUACAAACCUCGACACAGCCAACACCAUAACACGAGGAUUGAGAACAGGGACGGUGUGGGUCAAUUGCUUCGAUGUAUUUGACGCUGCAAUACCGUUUGGUGGGUAUAAGAUGAGCGGAAUGGGGAGGGAGAAAGGAAUUUACAGCCUCCAAAACUAUUUGCAGGUAAAGGCUGUAGUUACUCCUCUGAAGAAUCCAGCAUGGUUAUGAGAAUGGGAGUAAUGCCAGUGAACUAGAAUAAUGUUUUAUUUUCAGUUUCAGCUUUGUUAUUUGCACAAAAAACAAAACUUUUAUUUCUGUACUCUAG